UUCACCUGGUCCAUAAGUUCUUCCUUCUGCGCCGAGGAAAGUUGUUUGUUACCCGAUGCGUCCAUUUUAGUCCGAAUUCGCUUCAAAUUUGGCAAAAUCCGAAAGUUUUUCAGAGAGAAUUAUGAUUAAAUUCGAACCGCAAAAGUGGGCGUGUCCGUCAACAUGUGCUAGAAGGGUCGCGAUGCUCACUUUUUUGUUGAUCGAGAAAUAUGGCCACGGUCAGGAGGUAGCCGAAAUUUGGGUGAAAGAAUUGACAACUCGUCCAGCAGGUUUCUUCGCACUUUCUGUCCAGGCCUCAGGGCCUAAACGCUUUCCGAAUAAAUUUUCUUACGAACUUGGCGGAAUGUAUCAAAAUCAGGCUGUCUUUCACCUGAGCCAGGUGGUGAGCGCCAUCACACCUCGCAGACCAGGCUUGCCCACGAUUUGUUUCGAGUCCAAGAAAAGCAGUCAGAAGAAAGCAGCCAAUCGUGCGGAAAGUAGCGCCUUAAAGGGGGUUAUUUGUCCAGAUAGUUUUCUGGAGGCUGUGAAGAACUUCUCAGAGUCUCAGUCGAAGGUUUUGACGUUGGACGCAAAUCUAUGCUCAUCCCUGUUGAAGUCCAACAUCAUCACUUUGAGCCCAAAAAGAACAUUGAAGCCGACUCAAUGGAAUUUGUCUUACGUGUCUUCUGGCUCAUUUAACACAGAUAAAGCAAAUGCAUACCCUCAGAAGCAGCACCUCCUUGCGUUUAAAUUUAAGCCAUUUAUUUAUGAUGUCCAUGUGCGGAAUUUUAGAACAGAACGUAGCAUCAAGUCGGAGAGCCUUCGAAACCCAAGCCUCGUCUCUCGUAUCAAAGACAGCAUUGCCCUUGCACCAAUGCAGACGGAAAAAGUGAAGCCAGAGAGCAGAGAGCUGGGCACUAUAGGAAUUACAAAAGCUACACUUGAAUCAUUGACACCGGAGCAGCAGCAGAGCAUCAAAAUUGCUUUUGCCGAAGGUUACCUUGCAGCGGACAACAAAAAAACACCAGGCCGUACUAUGAAAUGGCUGAAAGUUACACAGCAGCUAUUGACGAUCUUCCUUUUCCUGGGAGUCAUCAUCUCACUGAUGGCUAGCUUGAGUGGAUCCAUGUUCAGAAUUCAGCUUGGCAAUCAAUCAGAAGUUGACCCCGAGGAUAUUCAUGUGACUUUUGAUGAUGUCAAAGGAGCAGACGAAGCAAAGCAGGAGUUGAAAGACGUGGUUGAAUUUCUGAAGAAUCCUGAACGGUUCCAGACCCUGGGAGGAAAACUGCCAAAAGGUGUUUUGCUGGUCGGUCCUCCAGGCACUGGCAAGACUUUGUUGGCUCGUGCGGUUGCUGGAGAGGCCGGAGUGCCAUUUUUCCAUGCAGCAGGACCCGAAUUUGAUGAGAUUCUUGUGGGCCAAGGUGCAAGAAGAGUCCGAGAUCUCUUCAAAGCUGCAAAGGAUAGAGCUCCUUGUGUGAUUUUCAUCGACGAAAUCGACUCGGUGGGAGCCAAGAGGACAACUUCCGUCCUUCAUCCUUAUGCAAAUCAGACCAUAAAUCAACUCUUGUCAGAGAUGGAUGGUUUUCAUCAGAAUGAAGGAGUCAUCGUACUUGGAGCUACUAACAGACGAGAUGACUUGGACAAAGCUCUGCUACGGCCUGGCAGGUUUGACGUUGAAGUGCAGGUGCCAACACCAGACUACACAGGACGCAAGGAAAUCCUGGACCACUACCUCAGCAAGGUCAAAGUUUCAAAAGAAGUUGACGUAGAGCUGCUUGCCCGAGGUACGACAGGCUUUACUGGCGCUGAUUUGGAGAACAUGGUGAACCAGGCAGCGUUACGAGCUGCAAUGGACGGUGCCGAUUCAGUCAUGAUGAAGUUUUUGGAAAUUGCCAGGGAUAAAGUUUUGAUGGGUCCUGAGAGAAAAUCGCGCAUUCCUGACGAAGAAGCCAACUUGAUCACAGCUUACCACGAGGGUGGUCACGCCAUCGUCGCUUAUUACACAAAAGAAUCGCAUCCCUUGCACAAAGUCACGAUAAUCCCUCGUGGACCCUCUCUUGGCCAUACUGCUUACAUCCCUGAAAAGGAAAGAUACCAUGUUACCAAGUCGCAGCUGCUUGCAAUGAUGGACACGAUGAUGGGUGGACGAGCAGCCGAAGAACUCGUAUUCGGCCCUGACAAAAUUACCUCUGGAGCAUCCAACGAUCUGAAGCAAGCCACAUCACUAGCCACUCACAUGGUCAAACAGUGGGGCAUGUCUGAAAAAGCCGGUCUUCGUACAAUUGAAGAAAAUGCAAGUUCUUUGGUUUCUGUCAACGACCUCAGCUCAACAACCGUUGAAAUGAUUGAUUCCGAGAUCAAGAAAAUUCUUCAGGAUUCUUAUGAAAGAGCCAAAGCAAUCCUCAAGAGCCACCAGAAGGAGCAUCAUCUGCUGGCAGAAGCGCUGAUGAGGUAUGAGACUUUGGACGCUGAAGACGUCAAGGCUAUAAUGUCGGGCAAGGAAAAGGAAAAGUAGUGACAUCAGCAAAGCAGUACGAGACUAACUAAGCAAAAGGCCAGUGCGGGGGCUAUGAAAUUUAUAUAAGACUCGGUGACAAAAUUUUGGAGGAGUUAUAAAAAGUUUAAUGAGAAUUUAGUGCCUGUGAUUGUACGUUAGAGAAUGUUUUGUUGGCUUUGCAAAAGUAAUGCGAAUACCGGAAAAAAUGGACUUCAGGAAACCUGCAAAGAUUUCUUCAUAUAGGUCAUCAUCAUCAAUCCUCUUUCAAAAUAAUUUUAUUUUACUGUCACUUAUUCCACCUUUGCUGUUGCAAAAACGGAAUUGUCAUCGUUUCUUUUUGGAUGCAUGUAGGCUAGGAAUCACACACCAGGUUGAUUGUUUCCUUUGAAUAAAAUAACUCUGAUUAAGUUUAA